AUGGAAGAUGGCCACACACUGUAUGACUACAACGUGGGGCUGAACGACAUCGUCCAGCUGCUAAUCCGUUCUCAGGCAGGGGAUGCUCCCGACAACCCCCUCGUCCUGCCCAACGCACCCCCUGUCACCCCUAAGGAGUGUGACGCCAUGCCCAGUAGUACAGCUCUGCCCCCCACCACCCCCAACACCACGGCUGGUGCAGCUACCACCCCCUCCCCAGCCAAGCCUACCACAGUGGACCCCAAACCCAUCCCUACCCUCACCACAGUCAACAACAACAACAACACAACCACCACCAACACCAGUACAACCAGUACCAAAACCAGUAACACCAGUGAUCCCAAUAACAACAAGGCCAAGUCUUCUAGUCCACCUGCACCCCUGGAGAAGCUCGACAACCAGCCAUCAACCUCUACACAUCUCUUCCUCAUAGACCCCGGCAUUGGGGUGUUCAAGGUGAGAGAAAGAACUUGCUGGUGUGUGGUACCAUUUUCUCUCAUGUUGGAUCAUUUGUUGUGGGUUGUGUAUGAAAGGCUGUGAGAUAAUAUAAUAUAGAAUAUUAAAAUAUUAUAUUACGUUCAUUCAAUAAUGGUCCUUUGAGCAGGAUAUGAACCAGCUAAGCGACCCCUAAGGAUACAGCUCUCCCCAAAGUAUACUUGUGUCUUGAAAGGUUUCAAAACCCUACUUUCUGUCCUCUACUCCAGCUUGGUUAGUUUCACAAUUUAGGAGAUACUGAUGUUUGUUUCGUCAUUCGUUUCCUUGAUGGCACUGGCACACUACCUCUUCUUUGCAUUGUUGUGGUUUUAGGACCCACAUGCAAACAAACAAGUUUGAAUUGGCAUCUGCCUCUCACUCCCUCAGCAUUCUGUGUUCAAUCGCAAUAGUGACCAGUGGAUACAGACAAAGGGCUCUGGAGUGUUUCGCUACUGUAGUAGGUCCAGUGGUGUGGGUGCCAGUCUGGCCUUGUCUGGCUGGCUGGCUUUCUGGCUGGCUGGCUAUCUUGUGUUGUGUUUUUUGUGUGUAUGUGUGUCUGGCACUGUCAUGUUACCCUUCACCUCUCUUCUCCCUAUCACCCUGGUCAGAUCCCUCACUGGAGGUGACAUCUCCUUUUAGUGUCAGUCGUCAGGGAAACGCUCUGUAACAUGCAUGGCAGACCUGAUCCGGUGUCUCUACUCCAGGGUGAUGCUAACAGACAUUCAGUGGAGGUUGUUAUUCUUCUGGGCCCGUAUUCACAAAGCAUCUCGGAGUAAGAGUGCUGAUAUAGGAUCAGUUUAGCCUUUUCGAUCAUAAUGAAUACGAUAUGGACAGGGGGGACUUGUUCCUACGUCAGCACUCCUACUCUGAGAAGAGUUUUGAAUACGGACCCUUUAUGUACAUUUCCCUGUUGAAUUAUGUCUGAACUGGAGCUCUGAACUUUCACCUCAUGGUAACCAUUUUGCUACACAUUUCAUCUCCCUAAUGAAUCAGACAUUUGAAUUGGAAAACUUUAUUGCAAUGCAACAAAUGGUUGCUAGGAAUGUAUUUCUUUUUUUAUUCUCAGUUACAGUAAGUGGCAAGGCUGACACGUUUUGAUAGACAUCCACUUAACAGUUAACACCAUAGCCAAGCUGCAGGGGAGCUGGGGCUAAGGAUGCCAAGCAGACCCAAGCCAAGAGACACACUAUACGCAGAGCUUAGCCCUGAGAAAAGGCAUGCUGGCCUGCUGCUAGUGAACCACAGUGGCAGUAAAUGAUAUUUGCUGGAACAUGGACAGUAACAGUCUCUUGGCUCAAUGAAAAGCUAGUGCUAGCCAUCUACCAUCAAGGAGAUGACUGGCCCUGUGUGACUCAGGUGUGGGUUAAAUUUAUGCAGGGAUCACACAUACACGUACCAAAAAUGUAUGCACUCUGAUAGAUUCUUAGCUUUGGGACAAAACAUCUGGAGUCUGUGUAUUGGCUGGACUCCCUGAGUUGUAAAUCGUUCUGGUGGGUGGCGACGGAAAAUAACCAUACCAUAAUAUAGCUGGCUUCACCAAAAAAACUAAAUCUACCACUGUUUACACUGCAGGAAUAUGGUGCGAUUUGGACAAACGUUGGAUUCAGAUGUUUAUUUGAUAGCGAGGGACACAUUUCACUUUACGUCUGGUAAGUAGAGUUCCUAGAGAUUAUACAAAUGCUUUCGUUGACAGGAAAAGUUUUUUGGUGAAGCCGGCUAUAUUGUGGUAUGGUUAUUUUCCGUCGCCACCCACCAGAAAGAUGCACAACUCAGCGAGUCCAACCAAUACAAAGACUCCCGAUGUUGUGUCCCAAAGCUAAAAUAUUCUGUACUGUUGACCAAAAGGCUGCCUUACUAUGAUGUUGCUACUUUCCCCCCUCAGCCUCUGUCCACAAACACUCACUGACGAACUCUCCAGAACUGAUGAACAUUCCAGAACAGUGAUAUUAUCCUGAGUGGCUAACUCUAUUAGCUAACUAUGUUAUGAAUCAUAACACAAACUGAGGACAGAUAGAUCGAGAGAGAGGGGAGAGGGAGGGGGGAGAGAGAGAGAGAGGGGGGGGGAGGAAGAGAGGGGGGGGGGGGGGGGGAGGAAGAGGGGGGGGGGGGGAGCGCAAACGCAAACCCACAGUCUGGAGAAUCGUGGUUUGUUCCUCACAUUAAAUCUGGAUGAGAAUCAUUCUGAUGCUUCAUUCAGACUGCUGUUUCAUGUGGUUAUGUCAUAAGCUCCAGGGGAGACAGAUAGUGAAAGCAGUGUCAUCUCCACAGGUCCACAAGGACUGCUAAUUGACAGAGACAUCCACUGGGCCACAGACUAACUACUGGGUUUGAGAAUACUUUUAAAACUUAACCUAUAAGUCUCACAAAAAAAUAGUGGCACUCGGUAUCAAUAAUACUCUGAACCUGCAACCAUUAUCUUAAACAAAGGAUAUAGAGCUCAUUGCUUCUGAAAAUCUCAAUUUCUGUAGCCAUGAUGAUACACAUUCUAAUCUAAACAUUGCUAGGUCCAGGCCUCAGACAGCCUGAGUUUGGCCUUGCCCCUCCCUGUCUCAGUUAUGUGUGCUUUGCUCUUCUUCAACCAUAAAAGGUCAAAUGCAGCCGUUUUUAUCUCAAUGUCAAGUAAUUUCUGGGUAACAAUUAAGUAGUCCCCUGUAGCUCAGUUGGUAGAGCAUGGCGCUUGCAACGCCAGGGUUGUGGGUUCAUUUCCCACGGGGGGCCAGUAUGAAAAUGUAUGCACUAACUGUAAGUCGCUCUGGAUAAGAGCGUCUGCUAAAUGACUAAAAUGUAAAAAUGUAAGUACCUUUCUGUGAUUGUUUUCAAUUCAAAUGGUCAAAAAGAAACAAAAAUAGCUUCUUAGCAAAGAUACAUUUCUCAAGCAGGAAGUUUGCUAGGAGUGGUCUGAGUAGGGAGGGGAAAACUGAAAACUAGCUGUUAUUGGCAGAGAGGUUUGGAACUCUUUCUUAUUGGUCUAUUAACUAAUUUUUACCGCCUGGUGAUUUCCCACCAAAACAGGCAGACAUUUCACCCGGUCUUUUCAAACAGCUCAUACACUAAAAGGGCAUUAUCAUAAUUAUUAUUCCAACCUCAUAAUGUGGAAAUAUAUAUUUGACUGUACUGGGCCUUUAAAUAAACAGAGGCUAGUUGGAGCAUUUAUAGCCUAGUUAAUGGUGUUUAGCUAACACAAUUUCACACUACAUUUUACAUUUUAGUCAUUUAGCAGACGCUCUUAUCCAGUGCAUACAUUUUUUUUUUUUUAUACUGGCCCCCCGUGGGAAUCGAACACACAACCCUGCCAUUGCAAGCGCCAUGCUCUACCAACUGAGCUACACGGGGCACACACUAAAUAGUAUUUCUCGUUUUGUUGCUUCCAGUGCUCCACUGACGUUUUUUUUCAGCUACUUUGUAUUGCAAUGUAAACAAAUGUUUGUCAACAACAGUAAAAGCAUUUUUUAUGGGUAUUUUAGAAGUACUUACAGAGGUCUAUUUCUUAACUUCUUUUUGAAAUGUCCCAUAUGUCUUGUCAUUUUUCUUUGAUGCAAAAUACAUUUAAUUAUCCAGACACCUGCUUUCAUCAAUACUGAAGCCAGAUGUACUCUUAAAAUUAUAUAAAAUAAUAUUAUGUGUAUUAUUUUAUGAAUAUUUAAAAGCUAAACUAUUUUAUUUUUCUUAUCUCCCAGAUAAAUGAGUUGGUGGACUGCAGAGACAUAAGCAUCGGUGCCUGGUUUGAAGCCUGCAUCGACAACGUGACAUGCACCCCAAAGGGUCAGAACAGCAACAGCAAAGCUCCUACAGUGGGGAAGGUUGGCAGGCCUAGCAAAAGGACUAAUGGCAAGCUGGAGACAGAGCCGGGCCAAGGCCAAAGCCACCCCUCCUCUUCCACGGACAAUAAUAAUGGAAAUAAUUAUUCUGUGUUAAACUUGGACAGUGGGCCAGGGGCUGGGUCCUCCACCUCUCAAACAGACUCUACAGCCACAGACCAAGAGAAGGAGGACGUCACGUACCAUAUCAAAUAUGACGAGUAAGUUGGUGCACCUGAGUUAAAAGGCAGCAUGUCUUGUCUUGUCGGUAUUCCCACUUAGGAACCCUAUUUUGGAUUUAUUUUCCCCUUUUUGGGGGAGGGGGUCAUCUACAAUUGAUAGUUUCACCCACCCAGGUUUGCUUUCCUUAAUUCCCUGCCAUUUGGUUUCUUUAAGGCGUGGUACAGUAGGUCCUACUGUUUUGGAAUGGGUCACCUACUUUUUGUUGGUAAGUAGGAGUACAGUAUGUUGUGAUGAAUCCUACCAGGUACAGUGAGCUCCAAAGGUAUUGGGAGAGUGACACCUUUUUUGUGGUUUUUGCUCUGUACUACAGCACUUUGGAUUUGAAAUGAUACAAUGACUGAGGUUAAAGUGCAGACUGUCAGCUUUAAUUUGAGGGUAUUUUCAUCCAUAUUGGGUGAACCAUUUAGAAAUUACAUAACUUUUUUUGUACUUAGCCCCCCCCCACACACACAUUUUAAGUGUAGUGUUUGGUACCAUAUUCAUAGCAUGCAAUGACUACAUUAAGCUUGUGACUCUACAAAUUUGUUGGAAGCAUUUGAUGUUUCUUUUGGUUGAUUCAGAUUAUUUUGUGCCCAAUAUAAAUGUUGAGUCACUUUUAUUGUAAAUAAGUGUUUCUAAACACUUCUACAUUAAUGUGGAUGCUAACAUGAUUACGGAUAAUCCUGAGAAAGUUACAGACGCACAAAUAUCAUACCCCCCACAAAAUGCUAACCUCCCCUAUUAUUGUAAUGGUAAGAGGUUAGCGUGUCUUGGCGGUAUGAUAUUUGUGCAUCUAACUUUCUCACUCGUCAUUAUUCACAAUUCAUUCAGGACUAUCCGUAAUCAUGGUAGCAUCCACAUUAAUGUAGAAGUGUUUAGAAACAUAUUCUAUUCUUAUUUACAAUAAAAGUGACUCCAAAAUGACACUACAUUAUUUACCAUUCAUUUCUAUUGGGCACAAAAUAAUCUGAAACGCAACCAAAACAAACAGAAAAUGCAUCCAACAAAUUUGUAGAGUCACAAGCUUGAUGUAGUCAUUGCAUGCUAGAAAUAUGGAACCAAAUACUAAACUUUUGACUACUUUAAUACACAAGUGAAUUUGUCCCAAUACUUUUGGUCCCCUAAAAUGGGGGGACUAGGUACAAAAAGUGCUGUAAUUUAUAAAAGGUUCACCUGAUAUGGAUGAAAAUACCCUCAAAUUAAAGCUGACAGUCUGCACUUUAACCCAAUAGUCAAUGUAUCAUUUCAAAUCCAAAGUGCUGGAGUACAGAGCGAAAACAACAAAAAAUUGGUCACUGUCCCAAUACGUUUGGAGCUCACUGUGAGUCAGAGCUGUGUAGACUGGGGUUGCUGGGGAGUUCAGGGGGAGGUUAGGAGAUACCAUUACAUGCCAUAUAUUUGGCCGUAGAAGUGCUUUGGUAUCCCCUUACAGUAUGUAGUGCCGCACCAGUAAGUACAGAGGAGGUGAGAUUGCAUGCAAUAUAAGUGGUGGUAUAUCUAACAUAAUACCCCUUUUAUGUAGUGCCGCACCAGAAGUGCCAGCCACUCCCUCAGUAACCUUUGACCCAGGAAACUAAAGCUCAGGCAGUAAUGAAACAGCAGCAUUAACUGUUUUCCUUACUGGCCUGGUAGGGCACUGGCCAGUGAGUCAAAGGGAGUUCAAAGGCAGGUCAAAGGGAGUUCAAAGGCAGGUCAAAAGGCAACAGAGUUAUUUCCUGUCUCAGAUAUCCAUCCCCCCCCCAAAAUAAUUGUCUGUAGACCAGUGAGCUUUGCGUUAAGAUGGAGUAUGUAUGUUUUAGGACAGACAGAUAACCCUCUUUGACAAUGGCUAGCCACCUGGAGUAAUAACAUAAGAACCAGAUUUAAUACAGUAGACAAGUCAGUUGGUAAUCUGCGAUGUUGAAUCUCAUUUUUACCAUAUUUACAUAACUUCCAUGGCCUUGCUGAAAGCAACAUUGUCAGUAGUUGGUGUUUAUAACCAAAACUGGGACAACAUAUACAGUUUUGCAAAGUAGUUAACAUCUGCAACGUAUUAAUAUACAUUUAGUUUUGUUCCUUUACUCACACAAUUAAUCAGAAAUCACCCUACAUCCUGCUGGAUGGUGAAAGUCCCCCUGUUGGGAGUGUGAACCCACAACCCUUUGGUUCAGAGGGAAAGGAAAGCGGGUGGGUUGGGGCAGCUAGUUUAAAACCGCAGCCCCUGAUUCUGCCUGCCUGUCUGCCUGCAGCUUAUAAGGGAAAGUAGGAUAGAGGUGGUGGGGAGAAGCUGCUAGAUAGAAUUUGGAGUCAUCUUUUUCUGGGAAAUGAAUUCAAAGGAGCCGUUUCCAUGGUAACCGCGGAGUUCUCGGGAGCGUUACGCUAACCCCCCUCCCCAUUCUAAUUGCGAGUGAGGUGCAUAGUGAACCACUUGCACCACUGCUGUGGCUACCAAUCUCUCUAGCCCACAUGUAUCAAACUCAUUCCACCGAAGGCCGAGUGUCUGCAGGUUUUUGCUCCUCCCUUGUACAUGAUUGAUGAAUUAAGGUGACUGAUUAGUUAGGAACUCCCCUCACUUGGUUGUAUAGGUCUUAAUUGGACACAAAUUGAAAGGAGAAACCAACUACCAGCAGACACUCGGCCCUCCAUGGAAUGAGUUUGACACCCCUGUUCUAGCUAUUGGCCAUAUUUCAGUAUGAUGAUGGGAAAUAACAUAUUUCAAAUAUUUUCGUAUAUUUCAAAUGACCCCAAGCCAAGCAGCUUUUGUUUCUCUCUCUCGCUCGCUCUCUCACUCUGUGUUCUCCUUUGUGUGUGUUGUGGUUAGGCAAGGCUUUCCAAGGCUCGCCUGCCUGCUGUAUAAUUUGAGGCAGAAAAACAGCUUGUCAGAACUGAAACCACCUGUUUCACUUCUAAGUCUUGGACUAAUCUCUAAGAAAUCUUAAUGAAUGAGGCUCAAAACCGUUGCCUCCAAGAUGGAGAAUCCUCUGCAUUCUUUUGGCCAGUUUUUCCAUUAUAACAUAUCUGACUUAUGGUGGGUCUAGCUUUUGGCCCAACCGAUGCAUGGCUUUCGGUGUAGCAUUUGGCACAACCGAUGCAUGUACAUCCAUCCAAGCAAAGAAAUAACAAUUAUAAAUAAGGCAAUUAUCAGAUUAUAUGGUUAAAAGACCAGAAGGAAUGUAUUAUUGCACGCUGCAAAGGUCAUGCUAUUUUGCAAUUGUGGCAGUUACUGUACUAGUGAAGCUCCCACUGUCUCCAUAUUUCUGCUCUGUAAUUUAGCUGUAUUAAUUAGACCUGGUACUUAAAUGUAAGAGGUCGAUUUCAGUGUAUUUUCAUUCAGUGUAUUCCACAAUUGCUGAUGGGUGACUGAGAUCAAAAGGCCUGCAGUUCCAUUGAGUUAUAAACUAAUACUGUUUAAACACACUAAGCAACCCUUAUUGUUUGAAUAGCUCAUAGCUCCAGGAUUGCCUACUCACCUCCAGUACUAGUAAGCUACUCCUCCAGACACCCACUGUCUGUCCUCUCCAUGCACUUCACUUACUUAUCCUCCCUCUUGUUUUCUGAUUAAAUUUGAUUAAACAGAACUUUAAAAAACCCAAGGUUUCCGUUUAAAUCUUCUAUUACAAAUUAACAGGGAGAAUAACAGAAUGUGAUCAUUUUGCCCCUGUGAUGUCAUCAUGGAGUAAUUACACUAAUCUCAGAUCAGCCAGACUCCUCUGCGUUGGUGUGUGUCUGUCCUCAUCUGAAUCCCAGACACCCUAUCAAACCAUGCUGCUUAUCUGACAGCCAUGGCGGUGCUUCAUUUGAUCUAAGGAGAAAUAUUAGUUUUCACAUACCUCCUCUACAUGCAGUAUAGGUGCUCUGUUUGGUUAUCUACAUAUGAUGAUCACAAAUGGUUUCAUAGUCUCCCAAGUUAACACUCUAAAUUCCAGAGUCCAUAUUCUAGAUUCUAAUUGGCAGAUUCUAAAUUGUAGAUUCCAGAUUUUAGAUUCUAAAUUCCAGAUUCUAAAACCCAGAUUCUAAAUUCCAUUCUAGAACCCCUUCUAGUUUCCUGGUCUUCCCAGGUGCUGUGUACAGUACAGUAUGGUAUGAGGGUCUGUGUGGCCAUGGCGGGACCGGCCCGGGGUCUACUCUCUUCCACUGUGUUGUUCCCGUCUCUCCUUUGCCACAGGACCACCGUGUGCUAGGCACUGACUUCUGUUCUGUUCUCCCCUUGCGGGGCCUCUGUAAUCCCCUCCACCCAAAAAAGGAAAUCCAUGCCUCUAGCCUGCUACCCUCACACAGUGUCCCAGCACACCAACAUCUCGGAGCUAUCACUGUGCUCAAGCUUUCUUUGCUAGUGUUACUACUCUAUCUACUCACCUACACACCUAGAAGCUACUGAUACAGAUAAACUGAAUUGUAAAAUGAAUUCUCAUAAAAUACAUAAUCACAUGCACUGAUAGCCUAUAGGAUAAACAUGAGUACUAUGUGUUUGUGUUCUUGUAUGCACAUACACAGGCACCAACUGUAUGCACGUACACAGGCACCUAAGCGCACGCACACACACGUAGAGGAUAUUGUUGUGAACCAUAUGCUGGUCAUCAUCUCUCCCUCUGUGUACGGCGUCAGCCCUGGAGCUAUAGAGGUAGGGGGUGUGUGUGUGUGUGUGUGGAACCAUGAUUUCAAAUUCGGAACAUGAACUUGAGUGUGCACGGAGCACAUGCAGGGAGAGGAGAGAGAAUGUGAAGGACACUAGAAGGAAGAUCACAGACAGGAGAAAUUGGAGACGUACGACUGUAGCUAGUAGCUUCACAGGACAGCCAGCGGCUACUGAGCCUCUUCCCCAUGCUAAUGUAUGUGAACCCGAUGUAUCUUGUAUCAUCCAUCAAAAAAUAUUUGUUAAAAUAACCAGUCAGCCUCCUCAGAUAGGACACUACCACUGUCACAUUUCUAGGAUGGAUGUGUUCGGAAUAUUAAUGGAAAAUCACACAAACUACUCAGCAGUUUAUGAAAGAUAAAGAUGUGUCUAGUGUGCUUGUCACUUAAAUUGUGUUGAUGCUUCAAUGUAGUGAUGCAUGAGAGGAGAGCUCUGUGAUUUGUGACACUGCAGAGAGUACAUGCUUGUGUGGGGUGGAUUGUGAUGAAAGCAUUGCCUAAAGCAGGCCUUGGUAUGUGAGCUAGUCUCCAGCAUUCACCGUCCCUUUGAAAUAGUCAAUCACCUUAUUGUUUAACCUCUCCAGGGCUGACCACCACUACUGGUUUUGUAUAUCGGACAUUCUUUUGAAGGAUAACUCUUAACCUUCUAAACCUUCUUCAGGACUACCUGACUUUGAAUGAUGAGUUACAGUCACACAUAUAGCCACCUUAGUUGCCUUUUUUUCCAGACCGGGGGAUGGGAUGUAUUUGAAACGUAUACAGAGACAGUACAUUUCAUUUACUCGCUGUCUGUUCUUAUGGAGAUACAGACUUUUGAAACCCUUUCUAAGCCUGUUGCAUUAGUCCCAGUCCACAGUGCAUAUUAUACUGAUUUGUCGCUGAGGUUUUGUGCUUGCGUGUGUGAAAUUCCAAUUUCACUUGUCUGGCUGUCUCUUUCUUUUUUUAACCUGUCCUAGCAGUUUUUCUACUCAGCUUGCCACAUCUAUAACUAACAGGUAUAACUGUAAGUGAAACUGCUAAGCAGUUCAGUAUUCCUUUUGAGAAUAACUAGUUUGGAGUUUUACACACCUGGAUAUCAUACUUUAUUACAUUAUGAAUUCAUUAGGUGAAAUUGUUAUUUGAUGUGAUGUUUAUAAUGAUGACGAAGAUCAUUCUCUCUCCUCUCCCUAGUUACCCUGAGAACGGCGUGGUGGCGAUGUGUGGCGGUAACGUGAGGCCGCGGGCUCGGACUCUGCUCCGGUGGGACCAGCUCAUGGUAGGCCUGGUUGUCAUGGUGAACUACAACGUCGAUAUGCCAGAGGAGAGGGGGUUCUGGUUCGACGCUGAGAUCACUGUGCUCAAUGAGAUCUCCAGAACCAACAAGGAGGUCCGCAUCAAGAUCCUACUGGGGUAAGAGACUAGAGCUGUGGUGUAUAAACCCAGUGUAUAUAAAAGGUAUAUUUAUGUCUACAGGUAUUGUUGUGAAUCUUCAUAUUCUGGUGUGAAGUGCAGAAUUAGAGAGGAGAUCCGACACCAUUGAAAAGGCAAAGAAGAGGUUAAUUUUACUAGUGUUUCAUAUAAUCAUAUGUAAGCCUAUGGGUAAGGGCUAUAGGAUACUUAUUGGUUGUAUUGUGAACCUCGUCUGUGUCUUCUCUUCUGUUAUGUUCCCCCCACCAGAGGACCAGGAGACGUCAUCCCAGACUGUAAGCUGUUGUUUCUGGAUGAGAUCUAUCAGAUAGAGAAGACUGGAGCACCCUCACUGUCUGCUGCAGAUGGCCAGUUCAAACGUACGCCUCAAUACUGCACUCUUCAGACCAGCCAGUCAGGGCUAGGAUAGGGUUAAGGGGGUACUAUGGAGAAUUCACUCUGAAUUGUUUUCAUCAAGUAGCCUCAAUGAUAAAAUGUCCAAUCGAAAAUGGCCAUUGCAAAAUUGCACAAUUUAAAAUGUCACAUGGUUUAUUGCCAUCAGUAUGUGUGUUUGUGGUUUGGGUGUGUGUGUGCAUGGGUUUUUGUAAUGUGUUUUUGUUUGCCUGUGUGUGCGCCAAUCGUUUGCAUAUGUAUUUGUCUGUGGGUGGGUGUGUAUGUUUUCACGUGUCUGUGUGUGUAUGUACUCUACACACGCCGGGAUGGAUCCAGGGAAGAGCGGGCCGGAGUGUAAGCACUGCAAGGCGGACCCCUGACUCUGAGUGCAGGUUCUGCUCGUGCUGUGUGUGCGGAGGGAAGCAGGACGCCCACAUGCAGCUGCUGUGUGACGAAUGUAACAUGGCCUUCCAUAUCUACUGCCUCAACCCACCGCUCUCCACUAUACCAGAUGACGAGGACUGGUGAGCUUGGCUAUGCACUCCCACCAUCUGGGGGCGCUACACUCACUCACACAUACUGUAGGGAGCAUCCCAAAUGGCACCCUAUUCCCUAUACAGUGCACUACUAUGGGCCCUGGUCAAAAGUACAGUAGUGCUCUAUGUAGGGAAUAGGGUGUCAUUUGGGAUGUAGACUGAGACAGACCCAUAGACCUGUGCACUAAUGGCUGGUGGAGCAAGUACAAACGUGAUCCAUUGAUUCUAAUAAUGAACAAACAUACAUUGUGACGGUUAGUCAUUUUUGCAUGUUAGUGAUGACUGAGAAAUGGCUUUAGCCAUAUGAAUCUGUUUUCAGAAUUGUGUAUAUAUCUUUUUUAUUUAGUGCCAGAUUUGAUGGUGGGUAUCAAAGGUUUCUAAGUUAGAAGAGACACUGACACCAAAAGUAUAGUACCAGUAGUAGUUUCUCUUCUGUCCAUCAAACACAACACGCCCCCUAUAUUGUCUCCCUAUGUUGAUCAUGCUAUGAGAGGGUAGUGAACCUACUCCAGUAAGUGACUGAGUUUUGGCUCUUGUCGGUUUUACUUGGCAGGUACUGUCCCACCUGUAAGAAUGACACCAGCGAGGUUGUGAAGGCUGGAGAGAAGCUGAAGGCCAGUAAGAAGAAAGCCAAGAUGCCAUCAGCCCAUACAGAGAGUCAGAGAGACUGGGGCAAGGUGAGACAGACUGGGUCUAUAAUACUAACCCAGCACUAACUACAUUAACCCCUCAGCCCAAACAGAGUCAAAGGGAUGGAGGCAAGGUGAGGGCUGUGUCCGAAAUCUGGCUUGCCUACUACCUACUUAAACUGCAUACUGUGUACUAAUCAAAAUAUUAUUUUGGAAUUACUGUUUAGUAAAAAUGAAUGCAGUAAACAACAAAUAUCAGCAUACUAGGCUCAUCUAAUGUGCAAUUGCGUUGAUUCAUGCCAUUUGUUCAUUUUGGUACGGCGUGUCCCCUCAGCUGAUUAUCAGCUGUUAUCAAAUACACGUCGGUCUUGAAAGACGAUUCUAUUCCUCAAUAGUGUGCAGCAAAUUCUACUAGAUGAAAAGCCGAAAUUAGUAUGACAUCCUGGCAUUUAAAGCAUACUACAUUUUAAUUUUUUGCAUACCCAAAAUGCCUACUAUUUAGAAUGCAAGUACGGGUAUUCGGACAUGGCCAGAGUCUACAACACUAAGAACAAGGGUUACACCAGGGGGUUGGGGUCAAUUCCAAUUUGACUCAUUGUAUAUUUAACUGAAGAAAGAGGCGAUAUCUUGACCUGGACUGGAGCACGUAUGUUAAUGCUGCACUCAUGUUAUGUGACACUCAGAAGUAGGACCCCCUUGGUUUUUGGCAGCCGAAUGAGUGAACGAGACACACACACCCACCACCCACACACACUCACACACAUGGGCAGGCAGACAGCACCGUCAUUGUCUAGCGCCUUGUGCUGCUAACAGAAGCCCAGGCUAGCUGAGUAAACUGAGCCAUCGGCCUGUUGAGUCACAGUAUUAGCAAUACAAAGUAGAUGUCCUUCACAGCUUUGUAGCAGAGUGACUGGGUGGAUUAGAUUAUGCUGUGCCUCGGGGCACCGGUCUAUGGCCCAUGACGUGAACGGGCAAAAGCAGUGAGGGAGGAGACCCCUUCUGAAAUCGAACAGUAAUCUUCGCCACUCGGUCAUGUCGUCAACAAAGCAGCAUGGUGCAUCGUCCAACUUUUUAGCAAUAGCAAUCACUUUUGCAUGUGAAAACACAGAAUCCUUCUCAUUAAAUCAAAUCUAAUCAAAUUGGGUCCUUUUCCAACAAUGCAGAGUUAAAGGUAAGAUUUUAAAAAAUACAAUAAAUAAUUGAAAUAGUGACACAAGGACUAAAUACACAGUGAAUAAUGAAUAAAAAUAAUGAUUAAAAAUAACAUGGCUAUAUACAGGGAGUACCAGUACCGAGUCGAUGUGCAGGGGUACGAGGUAAUUGAGGUAGCUAUGUACUGUACAUAUACAGUGCCUUCAGAAACUAUUCAUACCCCUUGACUAAUUCCACAUUUUGAUGUUACAGCCUGAAUUGAAAAUGUAUUAAAUAUUGUUUUUCUCACCCAUCUACACACAAUACCCCAUAAUGACAGUGAAAACAUGUUUUUAUAAUUUGUACCAAAUUUAUUGAAAAUGAAAUACAGAAAUAAACUCAGCAAAAAAAUUAACAUUUUUCAGGACCCUGUCUUUCAAAGAUAAUUUGUAAAAAUCCAAAUAACUUCAGAUCUUCAUUGUAAAGGGUUAAAACACUGUUUCCCAUGCUUGUUCGUUGAACCAUAAACAAUUAAUGAACAUGCACCUGUGAAACGGUCGUUAAGACACUAACAGCUUCAAGACGGUAGGCAAUUAAGGUCACAGUUAUGAAAACUUAGAACACUAAAAAGGCCUUUCUACUGACUCUGAAAAACACCAAAAGAAAGAUGCCCAGGGUCCCUGCUCAUCUGCGUGAACGUGCCUUAGGCAUUCUGCAAGGAGGCAUGAGGACUGCAGAUGUGGCCAGGGCAAUAAAUUGCAAUGUCCGUACUGUGAGAUGCCUAAGAUAGCGCUACAGGGAGACAGGACGGACAGCUGAUCGUCCUCGCAGUGACAGACCACGUGUAACAACACCUGCACAGGAUCGGUACAUCCGAACAUCACACCUGUGGGACAGGUACAGGAUGGCAACAACAACUGCCUGAGUUACACCACGAACGCACAAUCCCUCCAUCAGUGCUCAGACUGUCCGCAAUAGGCUGAGAGAGGCUGGACUGAGGGCUUGUAGGCCUGUUGUAAGGCAGGUCCUCACUAGACAUCACCGGCAACAACGUCACCUAUGGGCACAAACCCACUGUCGCUGGACCAGACAGGACUGGCAAAAAGUGCUCUUCACUGACGAGUCAAGGUUUUGUCUCACCAGGGGUGAAUGUCGGAUUCACAUUUAUUGUCGAAAGAAUGAGCGUUACACCGAGGCCUGUACUCUGGAGCGGGAUCGAUUCGGAGGUGGAGGGUCCUGUCAUGGUCUGGGGUGGUGUGUCACAGCAUCAUUGGACUGAGCUUGUUGUCAUUGCAGGCAAUCUCAACGCUGUGCGUUACAGGGAAGACAUCCUCCUCCCUCAUGUGGUACCCUUCCUGCAGGCUCAUCCUGACAUGACCCUCCAGCAUGACAAUACCACCAGCCAUACUGCUCGUUCUGUGCGUGACUUCCUGCAAGACAGGAAUGUCAGUGUUCUGCCAUGGCCAGCGAAGAGCCCGGAUCUCAAUCCCAUUGAGCACGUCUGGGACCUGUUGGAUCGGAGGGUGAGGGCUAGGGCCAUUCCCCCCCAGAAAUGUCUGGGAACUUGCAGGUGCCUUGGUGGAAGAGUGGGGUAACAUCUCACAGCAAGAACUGGCAAAUCUGGUGCAGUCCAUGAAGAUGAGAUGCACUGCAGUACUUAAUGCAGCUGGUGGCCACACCAGAUACUGACUGUUACUUUUGUUCAGGGACACAUUAUUCCAUUUCUGUUAGUCACAUGUCUGUGGAACUUGUUCAGUUCAUGUCUCAGUUGUUGAAUCUUGUUAUGUUCAUACAAAUAUUUACACAUGUUAAGUUUGCUGAAAAUAAACGCAGUUGACAGUGAGAGGACGUUUCUUUUUUUGCUGAGUUUAUCUAAUUCAUAACCCUGAGUCAAGACAUGUUAGAAUCACCUUUGGCCGCGAUUAUAGCUUUGAGUCUUUCUGGGUAAGUCUCUUACGAGCUUUCCACACCUGGAUUAUACAAUAUUUGCACAUUAUUCUUUUUUAAAUUCUUCAAGCUCUGUCAAGUCUUACUAUAGAUUUUCAAGCUGAUUUUAAAUCAAAACUGUAACUAGGCCACUCAGGACUAGUAAGCAACUCCAGUGUAUAUUUGGCCUUGUGUUUUAGGUUAUUGUCCUGCUGAAAGGUGAAUUUGUCUACCAGUGUCUGUUGGAAAGCAGACUGAUUUUGCCUGUGUUUAGCUCUAUUCCGUUUCUUUUUAUCCUAAUAAACUCCCUAGUCCUUGCCGACGACAAGCAUACCCAUAAGAUGAUGCAGCCACCACCAUGCUUGAAAAUAUGAAGUGGUUUUCAUUGAUGUGUUGUGUUGUGUUGGAUUUGCUCCAAAUGUAACACUUUGUUUUCAGGAUAUAAAGUUCAUUUCUUCGCAAUUUGUUGGGCAGUUUUACUUGCAGAGUUAUUGCAAACAGGAUGCAUGUUUUCCUACCAAUUGGUGCCCUUUGCGAGGCAUUGGAAAACCUCCCUGAUCUUUGUGGUUGAAUCAGUGUUCUUAUUCACUGCCCGACUGAGGGACCUUACAGAUAAUUGUAUGUGUGGGGUACAGAGAUGAGGUAGUCAUUCAAUUUUUUUUUGACUUUAUUAUUGUAAACAGAGUAAGUCCAUGCAACUACUUAUGUGACUUGUUAAGCAAUUUUUUUUACUCCUGAACUUUUAGGCUUGGCAUAACAAAGGGGUUGAAUACUUUUCAGCUUUUCAUUUUUAAUGAAUUUGUAAAAAUAUCUGAAAACAUAAUUCAACAUAAUUGGGUAUUGUGUGUAGGCCAGUGACACAAAAUACUUUCUGAAGGCACUGUAGGUAGGGGUAAAGUGACUAGGCAACAGGAUAGAUAAUAGACAGUAGCAGCAGCGUAUGUGGUAAGUGUGUGUGUGUGGCGUAAGUAUGCAUGCGUGUGCCUUUUAUGCGUGUGUGGGUGUAUGUAGUGUGUGUGUGUGUUUUGGGAUGUCAAUGUAAGCAUUUAUGAGUGUGUGGGUAGAGUCCAUUGUGUGUGCAUAGUCAGUGCAAGAGAGCUUGUGUAAAAAAGGGUCAAUGCAGGUAGUCCGGGUAGCCAUUUGAUUAGCUAUUUAGCAGUCUUGUUUAAAAGUCUUAUGGCUUGGGGGUAGAAUCUGUUCAGGGUCCUCCUGUUGGUUCCAGACUUGGUGCAUUGGUACCACUUGCCGUCAGGUAGCAGAGAGAACAGUCUGUGGCUUGGUUAGCUGGAGUCUUUGAAAAAAUGUUGGGCCUUCCUCUGACACCGCCUGGUAUAGAGGUCCUGGAGGGCAGGGAGCUCGUCCCGAGAAAUGUACUGGGCCGUACACACUACCCUCUGUAGCGCCUUGCUGUCAGAUGCCAAGCAGUUGCCAUACCAAGUGGUGAUGCAGCCAAUCAAGAUGCUCUCGAUGGUGCCGCUGUAGAACUUUUCAGCCUCCUGAGGGGCCCUUGAAGCUCUCGACCCGCUCCAAUGCAGCCCAGUCGAUGUGAAUGAGGGCGUGCUCGGCCCUCAGUUUCCUGUAGUCCACAAUCAGCUCUUUUGUCUUACUGACGUUGAGUGAGAGGUUGUUGUCCUGGCACCACACUGCCAGGUCUCAGACCUCCUCCCUAUAGGCUGUCUCAUUGUCGUCGGUGAUUAGGCCUACCACCGUCGAGUUGUCGGCAAACUUUAUGAUGGUGUUGGAGUCGUGCGCGGCCGCGCAGUCAUGGGUGAACAGGGAGUACAGGAGGGGACUAAGCACGCAGCCCUGAGGGGCCCCCGUGUUGAGUGUCAGCGUGGACGGGUGUAUUGUUGCAUACCCUCAUCACCUGGGUUACUCCUUAAUUACGUCACUUUUGUUUUUGAGCUGACUUCGCCCUGGGCUUUGAACGUGGCACCUGGCUCACGCCCGGCAGGCAGCCUGUGUCCAAAACUAAUUAAAUCAACUUUUACCCCGUGCAAAACACGCCUGCCCAGGCCAUAUUAAUUGAAUCCCCUCACUAAGUUCUCCUAAAGGAGUGUAUUGGCAGGUAACAGUAGUGACCAAAUGGGAAGAAAACGGACAGACAGGGAGGGACCACCUGGACUUUUCCAUUUUUGUUUUCCAUUGCAAAAUGUUUUGCAAUGUUGUGCCCUACAAAUUAGGGUUGCAAAAUUACAGGAACUUUCAAUAAAUUCCCUUGUUUUCCAGAAAUCCUGGUUGGAAUCCUCCAACUGGGAUUUCAGGGAAUUUAUUGAAAGUUCCCCGUAAUUUUGCAACCCUAGCUCUACUGAACAAAAUCCUAUACUUUUGACCCCGUUUUCUUCCGUUUGGUGCCUACUGAACAUGGCCCAGGCCCACAGUGAGACCUUUCUGCUCUGACUAAGCCGUGUGUAAUUCUCCUCUCAAGCUGUGAGGCGAUGCUAACAAUACCAUUUAAAAUGACUCAGCAGAGUAAAGUUCUUUUCCAGGAACCAAACUAGAGGAAAAAUAACCCCAUUUGUUUCCCGGUAUACACCAUGAAUGCUUCCCAAAUUACACCCUAUUCUCUAUUUAGUGCACUACUUUUAACUAGGGUCCAUAGGGCUCUGGUCAAAAGUAGUGCCCUAAAGGAAAUAUGGUGCCAUUUGAACGCAUCCCAUGUUAAUUGAAAACAGCCUAUUCUAUACAUUCAUAUACAUGAAAGUGCUAAAAGGAGGUUUUGGUUUUUUCUCCUUUAUUUGUCUUAUCGUUUGGGAAUGUUAUGAGAUAAGAAAGACUAAAGAAUGAAUCAAAUUGUCCAACGCUUUAAUAAAAAAACAUUUCCAGCACUGAAAAUUGAUUAUUGUUAUGUAUACAAUGCUAUUCAGGUCUGAGUUAUGGUAUUAUGGUAGCUAAAGCUUCUAGUAGUAAGUCCUUUGUUUAUGUAAUGUGUGUGUGGUCCAACGUGUGAAUACAUGCUAGCUAAAACAUACAUGAAUAGGUCCUUUCCUUGAAUUCCAUGCUCCUGAUGUUACAGGGUAUGGCCUGUGUGGGGCGCACUAAGGAAUGUACCAUCGUCCCUUCCAACCACUACGGGCCCGUACCUGGGGUUCCCGUGGGAACAACAUGGAAGUUCCGUGUUCAGGUGAGCCAAUAGGAACAGGUAGGGUGAUACAAGUUAGGUGAUUUCUCACAAAUUCGGAGAGAACAGAGAAAAUGUUUCGAACAAUAUGUCAUAUUUUCAAAUCAAGACGAUGUUGAAUCCGAAAAGAUUUUUACUUUCAAUUAACUUUAUAGGCUUAUAGUUAUCAACUGUGAUAUUCUGACAUGGAUUAAGUUGACAUAGCCUGUAUCACACAUUCCUCCCCUCUUUCUCUAUCCCUCCCAUAUCUCACAUCACCCAUCCUGACUCUCCCCCACUCCUGUUAAUUCUAUCUCCCUAUCUCUCCUCUUCACUCCCUAUCUCUGCCUAUAUUCUCCUCCCUUCCUGUGUUCCAAGGUGAGUGAAGCGGGAGUGCACAGGCCCCACGUGGGAGGUAUCCACGGCCGCAGUAAUGAUGGCUCCUAUUCGCUGGUGCUGGCCGGAGGCUUCGAGGAUGAAGUG